AUGCAAGAGAUGAGGGAGAUCCUCGACUGCCCGGUGAACGAGGAUGGCAACCUCCCACCUGACACCCAAGGAAUGCAGCUCUUCCUCUCCAAGGAGUUCUGCUCCCGCGGAGUACUGUCGCAGUUCCUGGAUCAGAAGCUUGACUGGCGCUGGUGUAUGGAGGGUGAGGUGCCCUGCUCUGUUUGCCAGUGCGGACACGCAGAGGUGAGGCCAGCAGGGCUCGAGUUCCAAUUAUCGCAAGAGGCUGUUGAUGUGACCACUGGGCCAGAGGAGGUGUUCCGACAAGACCACAUGAAGGAUGAGGCACUAAGCAGGUAUGAGCAGGAUCUCAAGCUGAUGCUGGGUCUCUGCCUGUACUGCUGCACGAUGCAGCGGCCCUUUGUGCACAAUGUCAACACAUGCGCUAUGGGGUUUAAAUGGAUACGGGCAAAGGAUGAUGCAAGGACGAAGGGAAGGCAUGGCUGGAUAGCACCGGGAUCUGCCACCGGGCAGAUCCCGAGCACGAGGAUGACGAGUGCCAAUUCCCUGACAUGGUCAUGCCUCUGUGUUAUCUUUGCUCGACCGGGUGCAGCGGGCUGGCUCAAGCGACAUUUCCAGCGAGGCUUCAAAGACGUCCCGCAGUACAUGGCAUGGCUGGGAGAGGUCGCAUCACUCGAGGGCAACAAGUGUAUACAGGCAAACUGUGUUGCAGCACUGGUGUUGGCAGAGUUCGGAUGA